ACCUUUGUUGAAUGAAUCGAGAACCGUUUUGGUCCUGACAAAACUCAACGACAUGCCCCUUCACAUCACUAACUGUCCAAUCACGAUUAUUCUUCUUAGAUUUGAAAUCUUCCAACAAUGUCUGAUUCGAGUUACUGUGGUGCGACGUUGCUGAGGGCUUGGUCUCUCCACCACUACCAUUUGAUACUCCACUAUUUCGACUACCACUAUUUCGUCGACCUUUUCCACUUUUAUCUUUUCCACGGCCUCCUUGCGAUGACGUUAUGCCUUGGCGUUGUUUGUGUUUGUGUUGGUGUUGAUGUUGUGUUUCUGGGGCUUUCAUCCGUACUACACCGGGCCUCAUGAUGGCCACCGUUUGAGUACCAUCUUGAUGCCCACCAGGAGGUUGCCAGUAUGUAUAUGAUCCCCUCGAAUCAACAUUUUGUACAUGUCCAGGCGGUCCACCCCCUUGCACAGGAACAACCGAUAUGUAUUGCUGAUUAGGUGGUGGCGGAGGGACGCUACUGGGUACAGCUUGAUGUACAAUAUGAUGCCGUUGCGGAUGUGGAUGCUGAUGAUAUUGUAUUGUCGCAUAGCUAUACUGGGCAGGAGGUGGAGAUGCAGCGUUAAGGUAUAUAGUGUGACCAGAAGGAAGAACUUGGGGUUGGACGUGUGCUGGCAUUGGCUGCGAUUGAGAAGGGCUACCGUAUCGGCCUUCUGGUGGGUGUUGUCCAGGAUUGAGGGGUUGUGGUCUAGUUGGUCGAGGAUGAUACGCUACUGGUGCAUAGACAGAGCUUUGGACAUUGUCUUCUCCCUGCAUCCUAUCAAUAGGAUCAGACGGAUAUUGCGGAAUGGGCCUUGCCUGCGGUGCCAGUUACCAAAAAAAAACAGAAAAAAAUUAAUACAUCGAUAUGAUAGACAACGACAUUAUUGACGCGUUGCAAGUCUCUACCCGAAGUAGCAUACUCACUGUGUUAGUGUUCGACCGAUAGGAGGAAUCACCACCGUAGCCCAAGUUUAGUCGGCUCAUUGGAUCUGAUAGAUUAUCAUUAGCAGUUGCAUACGUCGGAUAAUCCAUCGAUCUUUGGUAACCACCACGGUUUCUACCAACGCGAUCAUUGUAAUAAUCGGGAUCUUCUCGUGUGUAUUGUGACGAUAGGGGAGACGUGGUCCUCGGUCGUUCCAGCAUGUGUGACAUAUGGUCACUUUGAAAAACUGGAGUUGAAUUUGCGUAUAAAGUAUCAGAAUCUAUUGCCUGGGGCACCUUCGGAGAAUCUUCUCGAAUCAAAUCCAUCAAUGUCUUCGCAGCUGGACGAACUGGUUUUACCCUUGUUGGCUGACCUAAUCCAAGUGAAUUGAGAACAUCUGAAGAAGAUCUUUGAUUGUCGCCAAUAACACCGGUCGAUGCCGGUCUUUGUUGCCCAAGUUGUAAUAUCUGUGACCGAUCCACAUAGAGGUCAUCGAAAUAUAAUUCAUUGCCAAUAGUAGUAGCGGGAGGAUUGGACUGGUUCGAAUGAGUGGGUGUUUCUUGUCUAUUUGUAAACCCUGGAGGAAGACCUACGGACAUUCGACUAUCAAAACUUGCUGUAGCAGAGUGUGGACGGACCAACUGUUCUCCUAUACUUUGUUGUCGGUUCUGUGAUCUUGAAAUUUGCCCUCCUAUAUUCACCAAUUGAGUGUUUGAUACGGAAGAAGACGAAAGAGCAUGGUUCCUUGCAUAUCCUGGUGUUACCGACUGUUGAUUUUGAUGUAGAUGUUGAUGCUCAUGUUGGUAACGGUGAUGAUUUUGUUGGUGAGGUAUUUCGGUGCUGUUGGAAUAUAAUUCUCGUGCACUGGGAAGAAUAGAAGUACCCAAGACGGACUACAGGACAAUAUUGAAAACGGAAAAGAAUACGGUGCAAGUCAUAUGAAUGAGAUUCGACUGGUUGUUGCAUGGAAAACACAAGGGAAUGAACAAGACUAAAGAAUUAUUUGUUGCAACUUACAUCCAACCCAUCGGUUCUGGUUCCCCUGCUUUCCGAUCGAAAGAGGAGACCCGUCUCGGGGGGUGGAGCAGAAGUCGAUCUCUCGAAUUCAGUAUAUGCGUCUACAGUCUGAUCGUAUUGAGCGUUCCGUGGAUCUACUUCCCAAGAAGAACCCUGCAUCUUGCGUGGGUCUAACACACUCCUGCUGCUCCGCAGACACCUUUUGUUGUUGUAUUGCCGUUAGUAAUGAAAAUGGAAAUAAAAUCAGUGCUGCUGUGUUCUCUGUCUAGUCGAAUCGCUCCUCUUCUCUUUCCCGAAACACUACGGAUCGUUUUCAAAAAAGUCGCUCUCUCGUUGUUGUGUGAUAACUUAUUGUUGGCGUUCCCUCGUUGUGCUGUGAUUGCGCUGUUGAUUGUUUUGAAUGUUAUUGCUUUUGGAUUGGUUGUUUCUAAAUCUGUGACUUGGUCGUUUGGUUUCUGGUUUACCUGUUUCGGUUGUUUUAUACUUCUAAAGACAAAGACUACUAGAGUUUAAUCCGUCAUUACAUCGUAUAAAAAGCUGUUCAUCAUUAAUCGUCUCGUCGCAGGUGUCGAGAGUGAGAAAUAAUGAUGCUUCAACAAGUCAGUAAAAUACAAGUUCUUCAACAAAGAUGUAUCGGCUACGUUCUCGCAACAACUAAAGAGGAUCCGGCGGUGAUUUUGACACUGGCGGGCACCUUUUUUAUUUGCGACCUGUUCAGCUCCAUAAAAAUUGUCUUCCCCUUUUCACUAGCAGAACAGAGGUGCCAAGGAAGUCGAACCUCGUGCGGAACUUUGUAUGUAUCGGUACGUACAGCAGUUCCGUGCGAACCCUAAAUGUCGGGAUGUCGUGAGUUAUCUACGACUCGGCUUUAUUUCUUAGUACUGUCAAAACGUUUGUACGUAGCGUAUAAACCCGAAUGACAGGUGCCUUUUUCAUCUGGAAAACAUAAUGAUCAUUACACAAGCUAAACGUGAGGAAUCUGUACGAACAUGUUCUCUGCGGAACCACCUGCUUGUCAUCAGGAAGAAAAUCAUGGUUGACGGACUCUCUAAAUACAAACACCGAUGGAAGGUCGAAUCACGCGUAGGCAGCAGAUUGUUUGAUUGGUGGUCCAAAAUAAAAACAAAUUCUGAGUUGUUCGAGGGACAGACACUUCAGUCAUAGUGUUGGGGGGAAAUAGUGGGGAACCAAGAAGAUUGGAUCAUGAUCAAAUUUCAACCCUUUUCAAAAACCAAAAACUGACCCAUCACUCAUCUUUUCCGGUUCUGUUUUCAUUUUCCCGGUGCAUUAACGUCAAAAUAGCAAUUGUUGUUGUAGUUUCUGCCGUCGAAAUACCAUCAACCCACAUAAAACCAGAGCCGAACAUCACAUCCAAGAUUUCUAAAAAUUCAUUGGAAAAUUUAAUGGAAGAAAUUGAAGAACUGCGAGAACGCAUCAAGCUUCUCGAGGAGGAAAAUGCGCGCCUUCGGCUCGAUCGUGAAAGUCGCCUUUCCCGUGAUGAUAAACGCCUCGAAGAGAAAGAGACUGUAUCAAUGGAAAUUGAAGGGAUUGCUGGUGCUUCUGAGGAGGGUGUCUACCAAGGAAGACUAAAGCCAGAUGAAAUCAAACGCUAUUCACGACAGCUGUUGUUGACAGGUGGAUUCGGUGUGGAAGGGCAACUCAAAUUGCUCAAGUCGAAAGUUUUGGUAGUAGGCGCUGGAGGGAUUGGAUCGACAGGUAAAGAACGGGAAGAAGUCGCUUGUCGUAUUCGCAUCAUGACUUCCGAGGCGUAAACUGAAAGUUGUUGCACAUGUUCUGGUUUAUUUUUCUAUCAUUUGUCGUAGUUAUAUUGUAUCUGUCAGCAUCCGGAAUUGGAAAUAUAUCCGUUGUGGACUUUGAUGAGGUAGAUUUAUCCAAUCUUCAUCGACAGAUCAUUCACAAGUCAAAGGAUGUCGGAUUGAACAAGGCAGAAUCGGCUCGCCGAGCGGUCGAGAGCCUGAAUCCGUCUGUAUUCUUCACCGUGGUUGACAAGCCCCUGACUAUCGACAACGCGCUUGGGUUGAUAUCUUCCAGCGACUGUGUUGUGGACGCAACCGACAACCCACAAACACGCUACAUUAUCAACGAUGCGUGCGUUAUUAGUGGAACACCUUUGGUAUCGGGCAGUGCCAUGGGUACAGAAGGGCAGCUUACAGUUUACAAUUACAAGGGAGGGCCUUGCUAUCGUUGUCUGUAUCCGACACCAAAUUUGAAGGAAGGUUCCAAAAGUUGUGCAGAUAACGGUGUUCUUGGUCCGGUCCCGGGUCUCAUUGGGAUUCUCCAAGCCCUCGAAGUCAUCAAAAUUAUUACUGAAACAAAGUAAGUAUUCAAAACUACUCUCUCUGUGCAUACGAAUUUCAUCAUGUUCCAUUUACUCACUUUGUCAUGUCCUCACUUUUUUUCAAGCGCCGUAAUGUCUGAGCGGCUCCUAAUGUAUGACUCUUUACAGUGCUCCUUUAUGCGAAUCAAAAAACCACCAAAACAACCACUAUGUCCCUCGUGUGGAACAGAGCCAACAAUCACGUCGAUGGAGGAGAGUUUUGCAGCUUCCGAAAUGGCACGAGGGCCGAGCUCUUGCUCCGUGACUAAAACUCGCCCAGAUCUUCCAGACGCUUUGUCUCUUUCGUGCGAAGAAUAUAGCCGCAUACGAGACAGAGGGGAUGAUCAUGUACUAGUGGAUGUCCGCGUUGAGGAACAAUUUGAGCUGUGUUCCUUGCCCGGUGCGAUAAACAUCCCUCUUCGAUCCAUACCACAAGAAAUGGAGAAGUUGUCGGAUCUUGCUGGCGGAGUCAAGCCAAUAUAUUGCAUUUGCCGCCGGGGGAUUGCUUCCGUAUCUGCAACCAACAUAAUAGUUGAAAACGUCAAGAAAUAUCCCAAAAUUUGUUCUAUCAAGAACAUUACUGGCGGUCUAGCGUAUUGGAGAACGAAGAUCGACGAAACAUUUCCAAGUUACUAGCCAAGUCCUACCGAAAACUUUAACAUUUUAAAUAUUAAUCCGAAUGAUUUAGUUUUCUUGUUCCAACUUCUUUUUGAAAUCUGCGUUUUGGCUAGAAAUAAAUGACUGGAAUUUAU